CAACUAUUAAGUUCCUUGUAAUUUCUUAGCCUCUCUGAACAAACAUUCUUUUGACAGACUCUUCUUUCUUGUUCAAAAUGUCCCGAGUUCCUGAUCGAUCCGCAUGCCCCAAAGAAGUUCGGAGUUAUAUCGUACAGACUCUCACAUCCAAGCAUAAAACAGAUCAGCACUUUGCAGAAGAAGCUGCCCGCUUGUGGCGAGUAGGGCGGGGCUCUGAACUUCACGAUACAACGUUGAAAUACUUCCAAGAGAUAUUUGGAGUUGAUGUAGGGCUAUGUCUUUUCCAAAGUGUCCGUGAAGAUCGAGAUGAAGUCUGGGAGAGGUCAUAUACUGGGAUCAUCCACAGCUGGAUGAUCUACGGGUCGAGUGCAUACGUUUUCUGGUCUCUUAUUGUAUCAAACUUGGGCGGUUUUACGAGCUGUAAGAGAUACUCAUCAUCAACUUAUAUAGUAUAGUCACUCUGCUAAUCUUCUUGGAUAGUGGCUCUCCCACAGCUAAUUCUUGGCGCAAGUCAAGUAAGUUAUGCUUAUCAAAAACCCACAGGCAAAGACUGGAUGGUAGCGAUGGGUGUUGGUAAUAUCUGUAUCGCCAUUUUUACUUUGUUAUGGUCUCGAGUACGAUGAACGAUGCUGCCACGCUCAAAUUUCCU